AUGGUAAAAGAAAUUAGUGAAUUUCAAACAAAGGAAGGUAAAAUUGCUGAGGGGGUCACUUUCCAGAGAAUUCUGGAUGAUGUGCGGGACUCAGUUCAUUCCAGCGGAGUGGAGAGGCUGCAUCUCCUGACUCGACAUGACCUUCAUAACAUUAAGAGAGACUUCGCCAUUGGUGAUGAUCAGCAGCAUAAAAUUGAUGAAGUCAGUGUUAGUAUGUGGUUGGAGAAAAUGAAAGACUGUGUUCUCUUCUAUAAGAAAGAAUGUGAGGCCAGGGAAGAUUUUGAUAGGACUGACUCGGUGAUAGUGUUAAUGACUGACUACCAGAAGCAGUUAUUACAGAGAUUUGGACAAAAUAUUGUAUGUGUAGACUCCACACAUUGUACAAAUGUUUACAAACUGUUGGUGACCACAUUGUUAGUGAUAGACGAUUUUGGUUCAGGUAUGCCUGUAGCAUUCUGUGUUUCAAAUCGGGAGACUACUUCCGUAAUGACACAUUUCUUUAGUGCUGUGAAAGAGAGAGCUGGCAUCAUAAAAACAUCUGUAUUCAUGUCCGACGACACUAAUACUUUCCGUAGUGCAUGGUCACGAGUCAUGGGACCUGCAGAAAAUAAUCUACUGUGUGCUUGGCACAUAGACCGCAGCUGGCGGAAUAAUUUGAAGAAAGUCCAUGGCAAUGAAGAGAAGAAAGCACUUGUGUACAAAGCUCUUCGUACAUUUCUUGAAGAAGCAGACAUAGACAAUUUUAAUGAGCUGCUGGAAUCGUUCGUCGAGCAGCUUCAAGCAGAUGAGGGUACAAGAGACUUUGGUGUAUAUUUCUCGUCAAAUUACUUAUUCCGGCCUCAGCAGUGGGCAUACUGUCACCGUCGCAAUCUGGGUAUAAAUACAAAUAUGCACCUUGAAGCAAUGCAUAGAGUUUUAAAAUAUUGUUAUCUAGAGGGAAAAACAAACAAUAGACUUGACAGACUACUUGUUGUGUUGAUGAAAUUGGUGCGUGACAAACUGUGUGCUCGAAUGGUUAAACUGUAUAAGGGUGGCCAUUCAUAUAGAAUUAAUCUUAUUGAGGCUCGUCAUAAAGCUUCAUGUAGUAUUAAGGAGAAUGACAUUACAGUCAAUACUGAUGGUACAAAGUUUCAUGUGAAAUCCCAAACACAUUGUGGUGUAACACAUACUGUAAUUUUAAAUAACAUUGAAUGUGAAUUGGAGUGCAAAUUGAAGUGCUCCAAAUGUAAUAUAUGUAUACAUGCUUUCAGUUGUUCUUGUGCGGACAGUUUAAUUCAUUUGAACAUAUGCAAGAACAUUCAUGCAGUGUCAAUGACGUAUGCAUUACAUUCAAGUGCCACAUUUACACCAAGUGAAGCAACGGUGACAGAAGAGGCUUCUGCCAUUUUAUGUUCACUGCAAACGAAUACUGAUGAUCACGAGAACACAUCUCUGGCCCGAGAAUUAGUGUCCACAUACCAAAUUUUGAUUAACCGUGUCAGUUCGGGUAAAGUGUCCACAGAAAUCCUGAAGUCACUACAGAAGGACGCAGCUCAUUCGCUGUCACUUUUUCAAUCAGACUGCAGGGAAGCUCCACGACGCCCCAGCAACGAGAAGGUAAAAGUGCAACGAAGACCUGGUAAAUGUAACAAACAGCCAAAGGGCAGUUUGAAGAAACCAACUCUUGCUAAAAAAGCAAAUAUUGUUUCGGCACUGAGGCAGCCUGAAAGUGAAAUAUUAAAUGUUCACGUAAAUUCUGACCAUAAUUACUGUCGGUACUAA